AUGUCGUCCCGGCGCAAUGCGCAGUCGACUUCGGCGGAGAUCUCCCUCGCCCACCUCAAGAACUGUCUUGUCAAUCUCCCCGCAUCGCUGGUCUCACUCCUCGUGAACGUCAACACACCUGCACAAAAUGUCGUUGUUGAACUCAGUUACCGACCCCCUGCGGGCACCUCCGGGUCCGGCGCAUCACAACAAAGAUCCGUCUUCGUCGGAUGGACGGGCAUGCCGAGUAAGCGCAAGGUUGCACCCAUAGUCGGGCGCGAUGGCAUCAAUGGAGGUAGACCAGGCGCUUCGGGGCGCGACCAGGAAGUGGCGCAGGUCGAAAUCGACGCGACGUUGGCCAACACCCUUGGCCUUACCGACGGACAAAAGGUGACGGCUUCAAUACACGUCGAUCCGCCCGUUGCGCACACGAUCAACAUUGAGCCACUGACUCCGGAAGACUGGGAAAUGAUUGAGCUGCAUGCGACCUUCCUCGAACUCAACCUCCUCUCCCAAGUACGAGCUUUGCCGAACCCCGCGUUUACUUCCAGCUCUGGCUCAUUGGUCGCUCCUCAUGCCUUGACCCUACACCUCUCGCCAACAUCGACAGCAAACGUCAAAGUAGUUUCUCUCGAUCCCGCCCCUGGCGCCGAAGUCCCUUUUGUCAAAAUAUCCCCCGACGCUGAAGUUAUUGUUGCGCCAAAGGUUCGGGCCAAGACAGCACACUCCCUAGGAGAGAAUCGUAGUGUGGCGAGCACUUCCAAGUCCAAGCGCAGCGGCGCAAGCACAGUCAGGCGGCGUAGUGCGCGGGAAGAUCGCAAGCCUGCCCUCUGUCUGCGUGGUAUCGCCCAUUCGGCUUGCGGGGAGUGGUUCGACGAGGACUUGACUACCCAGGAUUUCAGCGUUUGGGUAGACCGCGACAUUCUAUACACUAAAGACUUCCGAGGGGUGAACUAUGUUUCGGUCAAUAUUCUGCGACCUACACCACAAGCAAGUUCUACCCAGAAACCGCAAGAUGCCGAACAAUCAGCAAGCACAUCGAAAGUAGCUACAAAGGUUGUCGCACAUCUACGCGCUUGGGACGAUCCACCCGACAGCAAGACUACUGCCCUGUCCCCGGCUUUGUGUGCAACUUUGGGCUUUACAGGAUCCGUUGGAGGGAUUGUCAAGAUCGAGCCGGCGCCGCAACAAUGGCCGCUGGAUGCUGUUACAAAGUUGAUAGUCCAACCAUUUGCCGCUUCCAAAAGGUCUUCGGAUGGCUUGAAGUUCGGGGGCGAGUCCAAGGCCGGUAAAGAGGAGGCAGCCAAGCAAUUUAGGCAAUUGUACGCUCGCAAGGACGUCGCCCCUCUUAUCACUGGACCUUUGACAGAUGGAUCAGUAAUUGGCCUUUUCGAAGGCCUCGAGGCUCCUCAAGGAUGGGAAGGAGGAGUAAUCAAGUUCGAUCCGCCAGCCAUUAACAGUGAUCCGCUCAGAUCAUCAACGAGAUGGGUCUUGGGCCUAAGCGAGAAAAUCCCCGUCGAUAUUCGAGACCCAGUUCCUCGACCGUCAUGGAUGAACGAUGACAGCAUCGCCGAGUUACAGCCGUCCUAUGACGGACAGCUAGUAGGCAUUGAUAAGCUCCUUCAAGACCUUCGAAGCCACCUUUCGCACCUUUCCUCGACUCUCCUGACUGGUGCUAUGGGUUCUGGCAAGACCGCAGUUGCCAGGUCUCUGGCGCAGGAACUUGGGAGAGAUCUUUUAUUCCAUACGACUUACUUCCCAUGCCGGAAGCUCGUCAAUGACGAGACUCGAAUUGCCACCAUAAAGGAUACCCUGACCCAAGUAUUUAUGUCAGCCAGCUGGGGUGCUAGGCUAGGAGGCAAGGCACUCGUAGUUUUGGACGAUCUCGACAAGCUGUGCCCUGUGGAAACCGAAUUACAAGUGGGCAAUGACAACGGUCGAAGCCGCCAGAUUAGCGAAAUCAUUGGUUCCAUGGUACGCCAGUACUGCAAUGUGGAUACUGGAGUAGUCCUUUUGGCUGUUGCGGAGGGUAAAGAUUCUUUGAACAGUGUCAUCAUUGGGGGCCAUGUCGUCCGCGAAAUUGUUGAUUUGAAGGCGCCGAAUAAGGAAGCGAGACGAAAGGUCAUGGAAAGCAUUGUCAGAAGAGAUGCUAUCUCCGCGGAGGACUUUCCACGGCCACCGCAGAACGGUAGCCGUCCACCCACGGCUGACGGAAGCGCCGGAGGGGAGGAUAGCGCAUGGAUGGAUGCCGGCAGCCAAGGCAGCCGCGAGAACCACAAUGGCACCAGUGGAGGGUUCGUCAUCAGCCCCGACUUGGAUUUCUUGGACGUUGCUGGUCUCAUCGAUGGCUACAUGCCAGGAGACAUCACCUUACUUGUGGCGAGAGCAAGGAAUGAAGCCAUUAUCAGGUCUGUCAACGAUACGGAUAGCGAGGGAGGUGCGGUACAUCUGAGUCGCGUCGACUUCGACAAUGCUCUCAAGGGGUUCACGCCUGCCUCGCUGAGAAGUGUGUCUCUGCAACACUCAACCACCACAUUCAGCUCCAUCGGCGGUCUGCAAGAAACUCGCAAGGUUCUCCUGGAGACUUUGCAGUACCCAACGAAGUACGCACCAAUCUUUGAGCAGUGCCCCCUGCGAUUACGGUCCGGCCUGCUGUUGUAUGGAUACCCAGGUUGUGGCAAGACCCUACUUGCAAGCGCCGUUGCUGGAGAAUGCGGCCUGAACUUCAUCAGCGUCAAGGGACCUGAGAUCCUCAACAAGUACAUCGGAGCGUCUGAAAAGAGUGUCCGCGAUCUCUUUGAACGCGCGUCGGCUGCGAUGCCGUGUGUUUUAUUCUUUGAUGAGUUUGACUCUAUAGCCCCCAAGCGUGGCCACGACUCUACUGGUGUCACAGACAGAGUAGUGAACCAGCUUCUUACGCAGAUGGACGGAGCGGAAGGUCUUUCCGGUGUCUACGUGCUGGCAGCAACAUCCAGGCCAGACUUGAUCGACCCUGCUCUUCUCCGUCCAGGACGACUGGACAAAUCUUUGCUCUGCGACAUGCCGCUGCUGGAAGACAGAGUCGACAUUCUAAAAUCCCUUUCCAGCAAGGUCAAGCUCGGCGAGGAGUUGACAGAGUCCGAUGACGCGUGGACUGAUCUCGCACGGAGAACCGAAGGCUUUUCCGGUGCUGAUCUCCAGGCUCUUGUGUCCAACUCGCAGUUAGAGGCGAUCCAUGAUGUUCUAGACGAUGUCAGUCACGCCCCCACAACGAACGGCAAGGUCAAUGGCAAGUCGUCUUCCCAAGGCUCUGUCCCCAGCUUCGUACAGUUCCGUUACGGUCAAGACGCUGCACCUGCCGCGAAGCCGAUCAGCCGGCAGCAAGAACUCGUGGAAAACGCCGCAAUCCUCGCUAAAUUGGAGAGCAUCAAACUUGCCCGUAAGAGGGUCAAGCAAUCUCAACGCCCAGAAGGGGAUGGCAAACCGGUCAACGACAAGGAGGUCGUGGUCAAGCUGGAGCACUUAAUGAAGGCCCUGGAAAACACCAGAUCGAGUAUCAGCACGCAAGAGCGGGCCAGACUGCAGAGAAUCUACCGGGAAUUUGUUGUCGGUCGAAGUGGUGAGAUGAAGGAUGGCCAGGGAAGCAUGGAAAUUGGUGGGCGAAGCAGUUUGAUGUGA